UAACAAAUGGUGAAGUGCGCCUAAACAAAAGGAAAAAAGAAAAUAAAAAAAUCCCACGUUUCUUUUGUGGAAAAAAUUAAAUUUGGAAAUUCCAGUUCCCAUUUUGGUUUCCGAUACCCGAUUGAGACAACAACGUUUGACGGAGGAAGUAAGAGUUUAGAAUCGAAAAUUGAAAGUAAACGCUGAUUUUCGAUUAAUUCAAAACGAUGUCGUCGCCGGACAUUGUGUCAAUUUUGGAGAACUCGAAGGAACUCGAUCGGUUUAGGAAAGAUCUGGAGGAUGUUCUUUCGGAGAUCAACAAGCUUCACAAGAAGCUUCAAACCACUCCCGAAAUGGUUGAGAAGCCUGGUGAUAACUCGUUAGCAAAGCUAAAAUUGUUGUAUACUCAAGCAAAAGAUCUUUCUGACAAUGAAGUCAAUAUUUCCACUACGUUGAUAAGCCAACUUGAUGCCUUGCUGCCUCCGGGACCGCAAGGACAACCGCGAAGAAGAAUAGGUGAAGGCAAUGAGCAGAAGAGGAAACGAGUGAAGACUGAGUCAGAUAUUUCAAGGUUAACUCCAAGUGUGAGAAAUCAACUUGAGGCUUGUGCCAGUCUUAAGGGUGAACAGGUAGCAGCAAGGGUCACGCCACGUAAUGCUGAUAAGGACGAGUGGUUUGUUGUAAAAGUGAUUCAUUUUGAUAAGGAAUUAAAGGAAUUUGAAGUACUUGAUGAGGAACCUGGUGAUGAUGAAGAUAGCAGUGGCCAAAGACAAUACAAGCUUCCCAUGGGAAAUAUCAUUCCCUUCCCCAAGAGUAACGAUCCUUCAAGUGCCCAAGAUUUUCCUCCUGGAAAACAUGUUUUGGCAGUCUAUCCAGGAACUACUGCACUUUAUAAAGCAACGGUUGUUCAUGGCCAUCGCAGGAGGAAGACGGAUGAUUAUGUGUUGGAGUUUGAUGAUGACGAAGAAGAUGGGUCUCUUCCUCAAAGGACAGUGCCAUUCCAUAAAGUGGUUCCUUUGCCAGAAGGACAUCGUCAAUAAAUUACAAGUAAACUACAGAUGUGUAUAAAGUAGGAACUAGCUUAUAUUGUAUUGUUGUUGGUUGCGUAAGAUGAGAUGUGUGUUGAUUGUUAAGUUAUUAAGAAGAGACGUUGCAGUCUAAUUUCAUGCACGUACGAAUGACAUUGUAGUUUAAUUUUAUGUUGGGAAUGAUAGACAACCAAGGUUUGGUUCUUCAGAGUCAAUGUUGUUGUCUUUUAUCCAAUCUCCAAUAUGAAACUUAUGAUGAAAAACCAGCCUUAA